AUGCAACAUUUUUUCAGGAUAUUUGGUUUGUGCAAUAAUUAUGCUUACGUGGUUAUGCUUAGUGCUGCUGAGGAUAUUUUACACCGACAGGAAAACCACGAUGUGCAGCAGACUGUAGAAGAAAAAUGUAUUGAGAAAAUUACAUCUCGUCAAUGUCAAACAAUAACAACUGGAGCAGUUUUACUAGCUGAUAUCUUGCCUUGUUUGCUGAUCAAAUUAUCUUUUCCAUUCUUUAUGCAGAAGAUACCGUUUGGAAUCCGACAUUUAAUUAUAUGUUCUUUUCAAGUGAUCAGCUACCUUAUCGUAGCGUUUUCAACAAACGUUAUGAUGUCUUUGACAGGAGUGGUAUUCGCUAGUGUUAGUUCCGGUCUCGGAGAAAUAACUUAUCUAGCACUUACUCCUUACUUUGAUAAAAAUACUAUAUCAACAUGGUCGUCAGGUACCGGAGGUGCAGGGAUUAUAGGUGCUUUGUCAUAUGCUGCUCUGACUGAACCACAAAUUUUAAAUUUAUCUCCUAAAGCAACACUUUUACUUAUGCUUAUUGUACCAGUAAUAUUUGCUCUGACGUACUGGUGCCUGUUAGUAGUUCCAGAAUCUAUUCAUCAAGCAAGUGUUACAAAACCUGCGACAUGGGUUGUACCUGAUUCACGUUUGUCUAGAUCAACAGUUUCAAGUACAGAACAUGAAAGAGCCACAGUAGAAUCGGAUAAAACUAGCACCUCAGUGAAGGAAAUAAAACAACGAAUGUUAUCUGUUAAAGAAAUGCUAAUGAUUACUUUUUCAUUGUUCCGAUUUACAAUACCUUUAAUGCUGGUUUAUCUCGCAGAAUACUUAAUUAAUCAAGGCAUUGUACAAUUAAUUGUUUAUCCUUGCGACAAAGGAUGGCAUUUGACCCCAACAAGUCAAUACCGUUGGUACCAAGUACUUUAUCAGGCUGGAGUUUUUAUCUCACGAUCUUCAAUUAAUAUCAUCGAAUUACCAUAUUGGGCAUUAGUACUUUUACCUGUUUUACAAGCAAUUUAUAACUAUAAAAAAUUUAUUAACUUCCAUAUUACUUACCAGUUCGAUGAUUUUGCCAAAAUAUUCAAUGUGGUGAUAUUCUUCUUGGAAUCGUUAUACUUCUAUAUUCCACACAUUUGGGUGCUAUUUGUGUUAAUACUAGCUGAGGGAUUAUUUGGCGGUUCAGCUUAUGUAAACACAUUUUCCCAUAUUCACAGCUUUGUGAAACCAGACAUCCGGGAAUUCGCUAUGUCAAUUAGUUCAGUUGGUGACUCAAUAGGUAUUGUUACAGCUGGAUUUGCUUCCAUUCCACUUCACAACUACGUGUGUAGCACAAGUCUACCAGCUCAUAUGACAGCUUCGAAUUAG